AUGUUUAUCUUAGCUGAUCAAUUAGCCCUUCCUCUUCCCCGGUCUCCUCUCUUCUUUGAUGUCUUUGAUUUCUCUCUUGAGCAUACAGCCAUGAGUCAGGAGGCAGGAUGCGACACAAAAGGGGGUGGUAGCACCGUUACCUCAGUGACUGCAGGGACCAGCGGCAAGCAUGAGGAAACUCCAGUAGUAACUGAGGACUCAUCAUUUGUGUACGCUUGUCGCCUCUGCAGACGCAUUCUCUUCACUCACGAAGAAAUUAUGCCACACAGUGCGGACUCAAGCAGCAAAGGCCCGAAGGCAUUCGGGCGGCGAGGUGCCCCCAAACAGCAGAGCGAUCAGCAAAAUGCGGGUGUGUGUACCAGCUAUUUUCUUAACCCCGAUGUCUCAAUAUGGGUGGCUGCAGAAAGUCGUGAAGCGCACUGCGAAAGUGGAGGCACUAGUGUGCUUCCCGAUACGGUAUAUUGCCCAAACAAUUCCUGUUCCGCGAAGAUUGGUACACAAUCGUGGGUUGGCUCGCAGUGCUCCUGUGGAGUGUGGGUUACACCAGCAUUCAAGAUACACGGCAGGGCAGUCGAUAAACUCCAAUCGCAAUAG